UUCACCAUAACAGAAAAAAAAAACACACACACACACACAUUGAUUAAACAUAAUCAAAUUCGAAGAAAAAACAUUAACAUGGCAGCAAUGUUCAUCACCAGAAACGCUAUCUUCCGUUUCUCAAAGUCUUUUCCUAAUGUCCCUUCACUAUCUCUUCCUAAGUCCUCCAGAGUCUUUGUCGCUUCUGCUUCUCACCAAUCCGAUUGGAGAAAUGCAGCAGAUGGAAAGAGAAACACUUCAAUGGAUUGGGCUUAUAAUUCUAAUUCAAAGGCAAGACAGGAUGCAGAUGAAAUAGCAGACAGAGAAAGAAAAACGUUAAGCUACGACGAUGACGUAGAUUCAGAGGAUGUCAAACAAUAUGUACGUGAUGAGAAAGAGAGGACAAGAGAGGCUGCAAAUAGGGCUGCAGCGAAUGCUGGAGAGAAAGCAAGAGACUAUGCUUUUGAUGCGAAAGAGAGGACAAAGGAUGCUGCAAAUAGGGCUGCAGAGAAUGCUGAAAGUGCUGGAGAGAAGGUGAAAGAUUAUGCUUAUGAUGCUAAGGAAAAAACCAAGCAAGCAGCACAAAAUGCUGGAGAGACUGCUAGAGAUUAUGCUUAUGAUACAAAAGAGAGGACAAAGGAUGCUGCAAAUUGGGCUGCAGAGAAUGUUGACAGUGCUGGAGAGAAGGUAAAAGAUUAUGCUUAUGAUGCUAAAGAGAGUACAAAGGAUGCUGCAAAUAGGGCUGCAGAGAAUGCUGAAAGUGCUGGAGAGAAGGUAAAAGAUUAUGCUUAUGAUGCUAAGGAAAAAACCAAGGAAGCAGCACAAAAUGCUGGAGAGACUGCUAGAGAUUAUGCUUAUGGUGCUAAGGAAAAAACUAAGGAAGCAGCACAAAAUGCUGGAGAGACUGCUAGAGAUUAUGCUUAUGGUGCAAAAGAUAAAACCAAGGAAGCAGCGCAAAGUGCUGGAGAGAAGGUAAAAGAUUAUGCUUACGAUGCUAAGGAAAGAACCAAGGGAGCAGCAGAGAGUGCUGGAGAGACUGCUAGAGAUUAUGCUUAUGGUGCAACGGAUAAAACCAAGGAAGCAGCUGGUUAUGUGGCUGAUAAGACAAAGGAAGGGGCUAAGAAAACGGCGGAGAUGACAAAGGAAGGGGCUGAGAAAACGGCGGAGACGACGGGGGAGGUUGCUGGGGCGGCGACUGAGGUUCUGAAGAGUGCAGGAGAGAUGGCGAAGCGGACGGCGCAAGGGGCGUGGGAGACGGCUAAGGAUGCGACGCAGAAGAUUAAGGAGACGGUUGUUGGGAAGGAUGAUGAUGAUGAUAAUGAUCGUGGUGGUGGUGUUGGUGCUGUUUUAGAUGAGUAUGAUCUUGAAUUGAAGAGGAAGGGUUAUGGCAAGAGUAAUGGCAAGAGUAAUGGUUAUGAUCAGGGUAAGGGCUAUGGUGAGAAUAAAGGUUAUGAUAAGAGUAGGGGUUAUUGAAAAGAAGAAUUAAGGGUCUAAAUAAUUAGUAUAAAUACUAUGAUAUGGUGUAUGUAUGUAUCUUAACUUUGUAUGUUUAUUAAUUCAAAAUAAAAUAUGUAUUGGUUUAAAUUA